CACACCGGUGUUUAUUUGGCCAGGAGUCCGAGCUUGUCUGCCUCUGCUUCCUUGAUCAAGAUGUCAAGUCCCAACCCUUUGGCAAUGCUGGAGCAGAGAACAGCUGAGGCUGACAUGCUCAUUGAGUACCUCAAAGAACAUGUUGAGCUGCUCAAGGAAAAUGCCACCAUCCAGGCCAACCUCAGAAAGGAGAAGAAACUGCUGGCGGAGAAUGCCAAACUGCAGCAGGACAUUGAUGAACUGAAAAAACAGCUGCUGGAGAAAGAAAGGAAGAGGGAAGGGCUGGAUGUAUCCGUGCCAUUAGUCGAAGGCGGCAUCGAGUGCUCAUCCAAUGCCACUCCUCCCCAGCAUGCUGCUCCGGCACCCUCUGCCACCUCUGCCGCCGCCGCUGCCAAUACCUCUCUCGAGUGACAACAAAAUGAAGCUGGAGGACAAAAGUUGACAGAUGGACUGCACAUUAACAAUCCUUUUGAAGUCGUUACAUGCCAUUAAAAUAGGCUUUUGAUGUCAUCAAGUAACACGUUGUGUGCUGUGUUUCAUUGUUUGUUGAUAUACAUUGAAGCUAUUAAA